GCCAGUAUUGCGGUCGUUGCACAUGGCAACAGUUCAACAUCUCUUCCUCUUCGAGCACAUAACAGGGUUUGGGUUAUUUCGUGUCAAAGAAUUUGACGAAAUAACAGGGAACUUUAGAGCUCUUCCGAACGCUUUCAUCAAACCAAUCGCGUUUAUCCAUUUUAAGUCUGUUCAAGAGGCUGUAGAAAAUGUUCAAGCCAUCUCUGGCGGAAAUCUCUCUGAGUUGCUCAAGCAGUUUCUAAAAAGAAAUGUACCGCCAGUUGAUUGUGUAUUGGGAGUCAGUGACGAAAAAUUGGGCAAAUGUAUAUUGGCUUGUAAUUUUGGCUUCGAAUGCAUUUGGCACGGGUCUGUUCACGAGGUUCUCCGGGUAAUAAGAAAAAGUUUUACCCGAUUAACACGUUCUCUAAUUACACAACCUGGUGCUGCACUCUCCUUACCAACAAUUGAUGAAAAAUCGAAACCAUCAACUAGCGCAGAUGAACUAAAACCUGGAAUAAUCGCUGAAUCACGUGCACGAAUUGUUGUUAGCCUAGCACGUGCUCGUCAACAACUGGGAAUCGAACACCAUCUGGCCGACACUGGGAUCGUUAAGGUAUUAACACUGAUCGACGAAUUGGAUACUUACUUAACACGGUCAGCUUCGCGGUUAAGAGCUUGCUACAGUAUACACUUCCCAGAAGUGUGUCGACCACACUAUAAGAAGCAAAUUUGUCUGGAUGAUGUAAAUCUGCUCCACUUGAUAGCCAACUUCCCACAUCGUUCUACUAUAAUUUCAAACUUCUCUGCUGGAAGCUUCACCUAUUUAGGUAAUGAAGAACUUGCUUCCCUCAUUGCAACUGCGGCUCAAGACUCUGUUGGGGCUGAGCUAAGUGAGGAAGACUGUGAGAACCUUCAAAACUAUGCACAACGUUUACUGCAAAUGAUUGAGAUAAAACAACGACAUGUAAAUUCCUUGUCACGACGAAUAACCAAUUUGUGUCCUAAUCUGCAUGCUCUUCUUCACUGUACACUUCAUUCAGGUGAUGAAGCAAAACAAGAAAAGGUUUCUAGAACUGAGAAUAAUUUAUCAUCUUGUUUAGUUACUGCACGUUUAAUAGCUAAUGCUGGCUCUUUCAAUCGACUUGCUUCUAUGCCAUCUACACGGUUGCUGUCUUUAGGAGCAUCGAAAAAAUUAUUCAGGAAAGGUGGUGCUAUUGUGGCUACAUCUACAGGUCUUUUAUCAAAUGCAACUAAAGUGUUAGCAGAUCCGAAUUCACUAUCGAUUACAGGCAAUCAUCAACCGGCAGCUGAUAGUAUUUCCCCAACGAAGCUGAAGGCUUUGAGUGCCAAUUGUGUACAGCGGGAUACAGUCCGUCGUCGUGCCGCCCGUCUUCUUGCCGCUAAAUCAACCCUCGCUUGUCGCGCAGACUGUUUUCGCCAACACAACCCGAUUUUCCAACAGCAAGGGCUCACUUCACUAAAAUCUUGUGUUUCUGUAGUAGAAGACGAGCGACUCAAAACAGGAGCAUACGGUCAGUAUCUUGGAAAAACUGUUCAAGAUCACUUAAGGAUAUGGGCUGAAAAAAACGGCAUACAUACAGAUCAAACUGAAGGACAAAAGAAGGCGCAGCGCGAACGAAGAAAAAAGUAUCGAAAAGUUAAACGCAAGGCUUGGUUAGCUCGUAAACUUUCUAAAUGUACAGAGAAGCAGCUGUCAGAUGGUGUCAAUAAGGAUUUCGAGCCUAUGGAUGUCGACUCAGAUGGUCUACCACAACUUGGAAUCGUCACUGCACAAAUGAUAGAUGAUGGAGAGGCAUAUAAUAAGGCGAAAACAACAAACAACAGCUGUGAUACAGAUUUGAAUGGUAAAUGUUUAGUAAACCCCAAAGAGCUCUUAAAUUUGUCAGGAGAAAAAUCUUGUUAUAAAAAGAAGUCGGUACGCAAAUCACUGCAACAAAUAAUACCUGCUAAAUGUUGACACAAUAAUUACAUUAUCUAUUGUAAAUAGCUUGAACUUUGCAAUUUGAUGUUUGAUUAUAAGAUAUUUUAAUAACCCUGAUAAGAGUAUCAAAGGUGAUAAGUAAUAGAAAACUUUAACGUUCUAUUCGUUGCACACUGAAGAUCUCAUUCUAAUAGCUUCGUACGAUCAAAUUCGAAACAUACUUAACGUUGUUUUCAAGAUUAAAAAGAAGGCAUAGGACGUGCGUUGAAGUUAAUUCUCUUUCUCCCUAUUCAUA